CCUGCGAGCUGUCAACGUACCACAACAAAGUAGGCUUUGCAAGUGCAUUGUCUGAGAAACUAAAACAAAAAUCACAAAAUGUGCACUAAAAGACUAAAAAAAUGUUAUUACAGUGUGGUUAUAUAGCAUACGUGUAAUUUGUGAAGAGAUUGGGUUGCAACACAAAGAUGCAUAGCGCGAGUUUUGAUUCUGAGAUAAGCGGCAAAGACGGAGGAGAGGUUUUGGUGGCAAUUGCUGCUUUGGUGACAGAAGGACGAAUUCCGGGUAAACUGAACACCAAAACGAAAGGGGGGUUCUACGAAGGGCCGCAUUGUCCUUUGAAUAAGACAGCGAGAGAGCAUAAGUGCGACCUAUCGAAUUUAUUGUGCUCAACUUACGAGAAUGUGCGAUUGGAAGUUUUGGAUUUAUGGAAGAAAAACAUUCCGGUCUGUUUAGAAGUACUUCUGACAUGUUCGUGUAAAAAUGAUUUGACUAUAAAAUCACCAGAAACUUACGACGACGAUUUUCUCUUGGAGAAGUGGUAUUUCAGCAUCAACCAUCGAAGGAGUGCCGAACCACUAUUUUUUAACUUUGUCCAAUUGAUGAACGCAAUCCGGUCCCAACUAUACUUUUCCCAGCUAACAGCCUGGCUAACAGUCCAAGACGAAAACAGUUCAAUUAAAAUAACUGAUAAGAACCUCCAUUACCGUUUGACAUUGCCGGGAGAAACAUUUGAAUCGUCGCAGUUUUCACAAUCAGCCGUUAAACAUGAAUUCCCUCUAACUGACAUCGGAAACGGUUUUACAGCUACUGUUUCGUUCUUAAGCUUACCACGAAUGUCAACUUUGCCCGGAUUUACGUGUCAGAAGUGCACUACCAAGCCGAAGAUCAAGGAGAAGGAAGAAGCACAAGAGAGUUUGGUGGACGACCGCAUGCAUACUGUGUGCACCCUGAAAGGAAAACACCGAUGUGAAGAUUUUGAAGAAGUGGAAAAUGUUAAAAGUAAUAGGGAAGUUGCGAUUAAGAGGCUCUGCCAGAAUGGAAAAAAGCAUUAUCCAUCCACUUCCAGGCCAAAGUUGACGGUGGAUGUCCACAAGGCAAACACUUACUGCAAGAGCGAUUGGCCUCGGCAAUUCCACCAGAGCCAGAGCGAGAAGAACCGCCUCAACAGCCAUAAAAAUGAUCUCAAGGUGGUGCAAGACAAGGGUAAGCUCCUGCUGGACGCGAUAGAGCGGAGCGCCCUGAAGAGUACAAACGAGAGAAGUGUGCGAGAAGGUGAUAGAAGAUGUGAUGAAAAUUGUGUUCAAAGCGAACGGAAGGAUGAAAGUGAUACUGGUUCUUGUGAUAUGAGCGAAAGUGAUAUUUCUAGUAUUAAGGGUAAAAGCAAAUAUGACAUAAAUGUAGAUACUUGUGAUAGUCCAAUUCCGAAAUUGAGACAUAAAAAAAUCAGAGAUGUUGUGAACAUCGAUCAUGCAAUAAAGGGAAUUCGAAAAAAAUUAACAUUCGACGACGAUUUCGAGAUAUGUGAUAAGGAAGAGAAUGGCAAGAGCGAAGCAGACAUACCCUCUGCUUUAGAACAAGCCAAAUUUAGGAAGGAUCUCGACAAUGCUGCCUCCAUGGUAUUCCAUUCAAGGACUGGUUUACCAUUGACUAGCAGUCCGGCGCCGGUUAGGCGAGGAAAGUCCUGCUUCGAUUUUGAUUCCAGUAUAAAUUCAGUUUCAGCGAUCAAAAGCGCCUUGUUUCCAACAAGUUUUUCAACAGAUGAAGACAGCGAAAGCGAUGGCAGCAUUGUAUCGCCUUGCAGUCCUGAAACAAAUGCCGUUCCGAAAAGGGAACUGUCACCCGUCAAAUAUCGAAGAAAAGGGCAUGCAGCUAACUUGUUAGGGAGUUUCGAAGAAUCGGUUUUAAACGGCCGUCUCGAGCCAGUGUCAACCGUCCAUGGCUUCACCGCUGAAUUGGGGGCCAGUGGUUCUUUCGUUCCUAAACAUCUAGUUGUUCCUGUUACUGUAUUUUUUUACACUUUGGGUGAUAACGACAAAGUUUCGUCUCCAUACCUGGGUCACAUUAAUUUAGGCAAAAAGGGCUACAACGUCCCAAAGACAGGAACCGUUCAAGUGACGCUGUUCAAUCCUUUGGGAACCGUUGUAAAGAUGUUUGUUAUUAUGUACGACCUCAGCGAUAUGCCGCCCAAUUCCCAGACAUUCAUCCGUCAGAGGACGCUCUACAUGCCGACGAAUUACAAGGAGGAGAACGCGGAAUGGGGGCCCAAAUGGCUGCGUUAUCUCAUACAUUUGCGGUUCAUCAGUUCCAAGUCUGGAAAGAUUUAUUUGCACAGCGACAUACGGAUGAUUAUUUUCCGUAAAAGUGACAUGGACACAGCCACAGCGCACGGCAUUGACAUGAGCUACGAGCUGCGCAGUUUCACUCACAUGCCAGUCAAUCCUAGAUUUUCACCCAGGAAGUAACUAGAAGUCAAAUUAGAAGAAGAAUCACGAAUUCCCAGAAGCGUAUUCAAUCUACAUUAUCAUAUUUGCUGUUCGUUAUUUAGUUGUUUCGUGCAGAAGUGAUGGAUUUAGAGGUUUCUUUGCGAAUAUUCGUUAUGAAAAUAUAGCUCACAACUGCCAUUGUUGUAAAUAUAUGUAAAUAUUGAUUCUGUUUGGAUUUUUAAAGACAAUACUGGUAAACAUCGGUUCAUUUGUUUGACGAAUUUUUAGGAAUUAGGCGUUGAUUAUUUUCUAACUUUGUGGAAUUGGCAACUUUCAAAUUUUUAGAUUAGCACCAGUAUCUACAUAAUAUUGACAACAUAUAAAGUUAUAAUUAUGAGUAUCAGAGAUAUUUAUUAUAACACAUGAUCAUAGAAUUAUACUAAUUUUGUAUUAGUAAUUGAAAAAUAAAUGUGUGAAAAAUA